AUGUUUCAAGGAGAUGAGCAAGGUUAUGGUUAUGAGGGCGUAAACCUAUUCGAUCCCACGAUUUGUAAGAGAAUUCCGACGAUAAAAAAGUUGUUAGAGCGUCUAAACAACAUGCGUGUUCUUUUAAUACGGUCCCCACCAAUGGCGGGUAAAACAUCUCUUGCACAACUUCUUGAGAAGCAUCUGUUGGAAGAACACACUGGAACGAGAGUUUUUCGUAUAUCUCUGUUGUGGAUGGAGGACGACAAUCCAGAAUGGACCUUUUCAGAUCGGUUUCGAUGGCUUAUGGGGAACACCGGUUGGCGCCAAUUUGUCUUUGAAUCUUCAUGUACUGACACCAUCUUAAUCGUAGAUGAAGUUCAGAAACUAUAUAAACCUGACAAGAAAGAUUCUGUACCACUUCAUGGUGGAAAUGAAUUCUGGGACGUGUUUAAGGACGUUCAACAAUAUAGUAAGCUCCGUAUAGUGGCCUUUGCAUCAUAUGGGUAUUGUGGUGCGCAUGAUGGCAAUGUGUCGAAUGUGUCGAAUGUGUCACCGUUUCAACUGAGCGAGCACAAUACGUGGGGGUUGGAAAAUAUGCGGUUUAUGCGGUCGGAGUUUACAGAUUAUUUUGAACGGUUCUGUGAGCAAAAACUAAAAUCAUUAUCAGCACCUGACAAGGACAACCUUCGUAUCAUGAACGCCGAACUUAUUGAUGCCGAACUUAUUGAUGCCGAACUUAUUGAUGCCGAAGAUCAACCGCAACAUCGAAAGAAAGGGACAUAUACUGUCAAGAAUACCCGAGCUGUCUAUGGGCUCAAAGCAAUGACGGAUGAUGAGCAAAGGCUCACAGAUCGUGUCCUCUUUAGCCCAUCUGGAAUCAAUAUUCGUUCUGAGGUGAUUCCAAACAAAGGCCGCCUGAGUGUGGCACCGCGUUUGCGUGGCUUCGAACAACUUCCACACAAGUGGUACAUGGUAGUAAUGGACGUGAUGGAUCAAGCCUAUUUACCAUAUUCACAUCGGACUAAAGACAAAAUCAGCUUUCCAUCCAUUGAG